AUGGACUUCUCGCAAAUACAUACGCCGCCGCCAACAAGGGAUGCCACGUUUGGAGGGGGACAUCAAAACACAAGCGGUGACUGCAGUACCCCAGGCACUGUGAUACGGAGAACAAAUAAACCAAUGCCAGCAUUGGAAGGAUUGUUCAGUCAAACGCCAUAUGGUUUGGGAAAUGUGCAUUUCGCCCCAGACCUGCUUCAGUUCACUGGCAAUGGAUCACUAUCGGCACAGCAUAUGCCACGCUCCAGUUCAUUCUGGGAGCAACAACACCAUAGUACGCAGAUGGACGUAGAUAUACCGUUUGGCGUGGAUCCUUUCGGUCCUACGCCGUAUAAGACUGAAGCAAAUGUGAAUUGGCAAAAGUUUCACACGCCUGCUCUUGCCCAUACAAGCUCUCAAGCUUUGCAUUAUCCUUCUGGUGUGUCGACAUCUGGCCCGGCCUCAUCGUUUGCAACAACUAGUGCAGGAGACGACAGAAGCUCGAGAAUCAACUCUUACAUGUCCACAUCUGCAAGCGUCGACCCUAGUAUGCUCUUUAGCUUCUCUGACCCUAACAUGACUACAUCGUUUGGUAGCAUGCCGCAACCGACAAUGAGUGCAGUAGAGAACAGACAGCCAUACGAGACUCAGAUGCAGGAUUCCAUGCGAGAGAAGCAGCUGGUGAAGAAGACAAGGAGCCAGCACUCACGAACAAGCACGACUUCGUCAUCGGGCUCGAACGAGACAUCUCAACCCAGACUACGACGCAAUGGUAUUGACACUAGCUUGAGUAUGAAAAGGUCAUCUUCGAUGGACUCACGGUUGUCGGGCUCAGUUACCAGCCAUAACAUCCCACGUCGCUUAUCGCCACUGAAACGUGACGGUAGCGGAUCGCUAAAAGCUAUUGCUGAGUUGCGGAGGCCGCGGACGCGGCUGGUGGUUGAUGAAACUGGUCGUGCUCGCACGGAGACUGUGCACAUGGAGGAAGAGUCUGCAGAUACCCCGAAAGUCACGCAGAAGACUUACCAGCAAGACUUGAGACACCAGUACCCCGGACUCUGGGAUGGGGAUGAGACGGAGUCUGAGGAUGAUGAGCCUGCGCCGGUGAUUAGCCGUCAAGCGUCAUUCAACAUGCCUCAGCCAGAGCAUCGUUCUUCAAAAUAUGCAAGGGUAGACAGUGUUGGCAUGGAAAGGUCCAACUCGUACCAGAUGUCACGGCCCUCUUCAAGACUCUCUUCAGGAACUUCUGACAGGGCUUCUUUUCAGAAUGCCCGUCAUGUAAGAAGGUCUUUGGUCAACACUUCUCGGAGCCUUAGCAUGGUAAAUCUUCCAGCCUCGGUCAACAACUCCAGGGACCGUCUGGAUCAGCAAAUUCCCGAUGCGCCUGGUGAUGCUUUGGGAGCACUGAAGAAGGUGGUUGCCGGUCGGCAGCAACAAAUGAAACGCGCAUCUCUCAACUCGUUGAGGGCACACAAUCAACGCUGGGCUCAAGCCACGACCGAUCGCGCGAACGGCCAUUACGAUCCAUACUCCAACUCGUUCAACGGUUCGCCCAAUACAGAUGAGCUGAACACGCCAUCGACCGACCGAGGUAGCAUCUCCAACGAAAACACACGCUGCAUCUGCAACGGCAUGGACGAUGGUCAGCCGAUGGUACAAUGCGAGUCGUGCAACAAGUGGCUUCACAUGGGCUGCCUCAGAUUGAACUCAAGCAAUCUACCACCAGUCUACGUGUGCGUCUUUUGCACGGGACACACACCUGUCGCGAGGGGUGGCCGGGUUAGAGGACCCAUGUCAUUCGACUCUCCGCUCACGCAUAAAAUGAUGUUCCGACGAUAA